GAAUGGUGUAGUUGCCUUUAACCGGCCUUAAUGUGAAGAUCGGAUCGCCGCCGAUCAGCGUACGCGUGCACAAGAACGAGAGUUAGAGCCACCGGCUUAUCGUACGGAUCGCGCCGAGAAUGAAAUUCUCUCUUUGCCUGGUAGAAUAUAGCAGCAGAAGUAGUAGUAGCAGUAUCUCGUCGUACGACAGUCUCGACAAUAAAAGAAAACGGCUGGAACGUUUAUGGCCAAACGGCAGUAGUACCGGCGGCUGUUUCGCCUGAACGGAUUUAUUCUUCGUGCACGCAUUUUCCACGCGUUUAUCUGGACGGUGAAACGGAAAGAGGCUGCGCCGUUUUUCUUUAUUUUUUUUCUUUCAUUUCGGUUUUUGCUCAGUGCCGCGUAACAUCUCGUCUUCGCGUGGCUUGUCCUCUUAUUCGAGACUAGCCAAUCUCGGAAUCUAUAGACACGCCUUGCAGAAGAAAAAGAGGCGGGACGCGCCUUAAUUCGUUCUAUUGGUUUCGUUUCUAGCGCGAGAUUCGAACUCGCGCCAAAGUGUGUUCCACAGUGGAUACUAUUUCUCUUUCGGGUUACAACGCUAAGUGGCCGACAGGCGAAAUGCCGGUGCCAGUUUGGGAUUGCUCUGAUCUAGGCCUGUUGGACGAGCCUUUGGCUACCACGACAGUGGUAUCCGACGACAUAUGGAAGAAAUUCGAUUUUGACUUCCCGCUGGACCGAUUGGACGCCGUCCAUACGGAUGUGUAUCACGAGCUCUCUACCUUCGAUGAUGGCGUUCUACCAGAUUUGCUCUACGACAAAAUGAGCUGCCUUUCGUCACGAAAGAUACGCCAUCAUGAUUGCAUGUGGGCUGGGCUGUGCAUCAGUAAAGAGCAUAACAGGACGUUGCCCGCGAAGAAAAACUCACAGAUGCAGAAAAAGGUGCCAGCUGGUCGUAGUGUAUUGAUAUCGCGGGCAGGUGUAGCUCAUAUAGGAAAUUCUUUGGUCAAUCAGCAACAGUGCCGUACAAGAAAUCUGGAGAGUGAUGGAGAUUCAACUAGACCGGAAACACCAAGCUCGAGCUCCGACACGGAGACAGAGGACGAGGGCCCGUUCUUCAGACACGAUCAGAUCAAUAUACACGAGAAAUUGUCCGAGUGCAUGUCAGACGCGGUUACCAAGGCUGUUCCAGUGAGCGAGGUCACUGGCCAGCUGGUCAGGUUCCAUGACAGGAGGAAAGAGGAGGAGGAAAAUCAGUGUCAAGUGCAUAGAGAGACCAAUAUCAGGAACACUCUAAGCGAUCAUUGCUAUCAUCUGAAUCAGCCUAUCGGGAAGAACCUGGAACAUCUUGGUGUACAGACACCUUCUGAUUCCGCUAAUUUUGGACGUGUUUCGCUCGCCAAGUGGGAUAGGUUGGGAGCGGAUAGAAGAGAUGUUUCGUAUGACGUUCGUGCCAGCUAUGUGUGUAUGCGAGAGGAGGAAGAGAUCGACGUGGUGACCUUCGAGAAACCGUGCAGACCGGCAGCAUUACCAACGUACCCGAGCCUGGCCGACCAACAGCACUUCCAAUUAACGGUGAACACAGCGUUCAAAGAGAAAGCUCCUGGAACCAGACCACGUGGUCGACCUCCCUCGAACCCAGCUCGGAAAAGGACCGCUCAAUCGGAGCCGAAGCCGGCGAAACGGGCCCGCCACAGGACUUAUCAGAGGAGAACCAAGGUAGGGCGGUGCAUAUCGUCGUCACCCAAGAGCGUGUCGAGAAGUUCCUCUGACGAUGAGCUGGACACCGAGAAGAGGAGUCUGCACAACAACAUGGAACGCCAGAGGCGGAUAGAGCUGCGAAACGCGUUCGAGGAUCUGCGUAUCCUCGUGCCAGCUGUCGAGAAGAAGGAGAAGGCGCCGAAAGUCGCGAUCUUGAGGCAAGCGGCUGUCUACUGUGAUACAUUGAACGAGAUGAACCAGAUCUCGAUGGCCCAGGUGGCGGAUCUGAGGCGGCGACAAGAGAGGCUUCGAACGAGGCUCAGUGUUCUGAGGAGGAGUCUCGCCAUGACGCGCUGAGGGAGAGACUCGGGAGAAUCGUGUCAGAUUCAGCCCACGAACACGCGAAGCACACAAGCACUUGCUCGAAACGUACGAGUCGAAUUUGUUGUUACUCCCUCGGAGAGAAGAAGGGAAGGAUGGAUGGACGAGCGACAAAUCUCUACUCGACGUUUCGAGACCAUAGAGACGAUUUUUUUCAAACACGCCUGCAUGCGAACGAGGAAGACUGCCUGACAUGUAUAAUUUGACUCUGACACUUGUAUCUGCCUUCGGUCGCACAGCAUGGGGGAAAGAAACGCUUCGAACUAGCCAGAUGGCGCCGUUGAGUAGAAGCGUCGGGCAUUUUGGUCCUGAUUAACGAGAAGAGAGAUGAACGUGUUGCGAUUCUCUGAUCCUGGUCGAAGUUCUCGGAACUUGGUCGGAUAUGGGUAAACCUGUAUCCGUUUUAUCGUAAAAGAAACAAAUAUAUAUACAUAUAUUAUAUAUACAUAUUUAUAUGUGUGUGUGUGUGUGUAUGUAUAUAUAUUAUGCGUAUAUACAGUAUAUAUGCACACGUAAUGUCAAAACGAAGAGAGAGGGUUCCAAGUUUCGUUUGCUUCGAGUUAAGGGGAGAAUCCUGAAGGAUCGAUGAUAUUAAAUUCGUUCUGUCGAACGUGUACCAAGAAGGAAGAGAGAAGAAAUGAAAUAUCGUUCGCAUAUAAUCGACACCAACAAACAUUGGAAGAGAUCGAAGAAACCGCCAAAAAAAAAAGAGAAAAAGAGCUUCGAAGAGGAUAUUUAUAUACGUAUAUUUGUAGAAAAGUUUCUUCGAAUAGCGAACUGCAAAAGUGAAGGGAAAGAAUUGAUGGAGGAUCGCUUUGGCCGAGGUUCACAGAAGGUAUCUGGUAUAAGAACGUAAAAAUUGAGUUCGACUAAAAAGAGAGACAAAAGAGAACGACGAUAGAUUUCGAAUUUCUCUUUGUCGUUGUUUCUAUUCUUUUUUUUUUCUUGUUUUAUAUAUUAUAUAUUAUACACGCGCAUACGUACGCAUACGUAUAUACGAUUUAUCACGGUAAAAUGCACUGUGAGAAGAAAAGAAUCACGAGGCUGAAUCGCGACGUCAAGGUAUAAAUAUUGAUUUUUUUUUUUCGAUCUCUUUCUCGAUCAGUGUCAUCUUAUCUAGAGACAGAUAUUAUCGACUAAGACCGGUUUUCCUGGAGCUUGGGAACUCGUACGUAUUAUUUUAAAUAUAUUUCACGAUAUAGAGGCAAUAGAGCAACGAUGUACGGAAACGUUCGAUGAGGAUCGAGAUACGUGGCCUUCAAUCGAAUAUACUAUUUAUCAUGCAUUUUUCACGAUACAUAUAUACACACAACAUAUAUAUAUAUAUAUACACAUGUAUGCACACUCGUGGUUUUUCGUUUUAUCGCGAAAGACUUGCAUUUAGAUAUGUCGAGACAAAUCUCCAAGUGGGAAAAAAGGAUUAUUAUAUUAAUAAUAAGAGGAGUCUCGAUGAUUUCGCGACUCGGUUCUCGAAUCGUUUGAUCCUCUGAUCGACGUUUGAUGCAAAAUCCGUGCGCCACACAAGAGAAGAGAAAACGAGGUUUUUAUCAACGAAUGUCGUACACUGUUGGAUAUCGUCGGUUCCCUAGCUAACUGGUCUUAGUACGUAUUUCAGGGUUUGAACCGGUUUAUAUAGGUUGUAUCCUUCAUUUUUAGAAAAUGAACGAGCGAAAAGGAAGAUACAUAAAAAUGGAAAAUACACACGCAGCUUACGAUCGUCGAUAGAUCGUUCUUUUUCCAAAACUUGUAUCGAUAACAAGCGACAAAAAGAAAGACGGCUAAAACUCGUGAAGCUUGUUCUCUACAUUAACGAUUUUAUAUAAUGCUUUUACACGGUAUUCUCGUCACGAUAAUAAUAUAGUCAAAGCGAAAUUUAUAGAUCCUCAUAGAUAGGUCCAUAGAUCAUCGUACGAGUUUUGGAAAUUGAAGGGAAAAAUCGCAAAUCAUAUAGAUAUUUAUAUUUCUUGUAAUUCUCGCAAUUUCACGUGUUUCAACGAGUCCAAGCUAAAAAUUAUUUUCAUUAAUAGCAUGGAUGAUCGAGGGUAAAACUUGGAAUCGAUAUAUAUAUAUUUUUUUCUUUUUUUUUUUUUCUUACUAUCGAUUCGUAAUCGAAGCAUUCGACGAACGAGCUCCAAAAAGAGGCGUGUUUCGCGUUGCACGGAUAGGAAACGCGCGUUCGACAAUGCCAUUCAGCGGAAAAAAAAAAAUCACGGAUAACCGGGGGUGCGGUGAAGCCAACAAUACCUAUUCACAAAUCUCCUUCUUAUCGAAUUCCAUUGUUUUCACCAUUGCAAUCUCACUGGCUUUUUCGCGUCCAUAGCUAAUAGUAGUUACUUACAGAUCGAUUGAUGAUCGCUGUGCGAUCUUUACGUUCCCGACGUGUCACGCCUUCGAUAGAGAAGCCAUGGAUCCAAUAUUGAGCGUGUUGGCAAGAGAGUGGCUGUAUUCUGGGAAUUUUGCAAGUAGGUGAAAGAGCGUAUGAGUCACAAAACGUGUGUAGGUAGGAUAACAGUUUUGCAUCUAGGACACACACAUGUUACGUGCAUACAAUAUUGCUGAAUGCUAAAGAGAAAGUCAUAGGACCGUGAAAGAGUAAUAUAGAAAUUUAGUCCGGUACCUUAACAUAAUUCCUUACAUUCUUUUCUUAACGUGUUACAUAAGGCAUACCACGCAUCUCUUCCAUUUUUAGAUUCGUUUCACACGCUACGAAACGAAUAAAAUAUAUAUUACCUAGCAAAUUUUCGGGUUGCGAAAAAUAUUCGAACCCCUUUCGUCUGUCUUCUUCCUCGUUCUUCUGAUCCGGCGAUGCCACGAAAAAAAAAGCAAUCGUGAUUGAGAAAUGUGUGAUAAAAUGUCGCGUGUAUAUUAUAUUUUGCUCUUUCUUUUUAUCGCGAUUCCGUUUCCUUCCUUUUGCCGAUUUCUCCGUGCUGAGUGAUAAUUCACGAGAGAUCGCCUCGGAUGUUUUUUUUUUUUUAAACAAAACGGGUGCAAUAAGAGAGAGACUACGCGAGGAAGAAUGUCGUUAGUUUCGUUGUUAAAUGAUCGUCGAGAAUAUGUAAGUUCGUGGGAAGGAAGGAGGCGGAUUGCUGAAUUUUUUUUUUUCUUGCUUUAUCAAUAUGUUUUUUUUUUUCCCCCUCCCAUAAUCGAUUGUUCCCCGAUUUCUCGGCUCGUUACCCAAAGCUUUUUUUAUUUUCUUUACGGCUGAGAAACGAAAAUCGAGUUAGAUGGAAAAGAGGCUUCCGGGAAUUGAAUUGUCUUCGAAUAGAAUCUUCCUUAUUUUUUAUUUUUUGAUUCUCGAUCAUUAUACGCGGUACACGUUCGCGGAAAUGGGUGUGGGGGGGAUAGUGGCGAUUUUUAUAACAGAUGUGGAGAUCAACUUUUCUUUCUUUUUUUUUUUUUUUUUUUUUGAAUUCGAGGAUUAGUGGCUACGCUACGCUUUUAAACGCGUGUAAAUAAAUGUAUAUAUUAUAUAGGAUGGUAUAUACACACGCAUACGUAACAUAAGCAGAUAUAUGCAUGUAUACUGCAAAUUUAUAUAAAAGGGGAUUAUAUGAUAAGUGUAUAUGGUCAGAGAGAAAGGGAGGAGAGAGAAAGGAAAUGGGAAAGGAUGAAAAUUUGCGUGGACAAGAGAAAUGAAAAUAUAAUGCUACUAAUUAUAGACUUUAACAUUAAUAUUAUUAUAAUUAUUAUUAUAACUAUUAUUAUAAUUAUUAUUAUAACUAUUAUUAUAAUUAUUAUUAUUAUUACAAUUAUUAAUAUCUUAUCAACAUUUAUAAUAACUAUUAUUAUUAUUACGAUUCUUUUUUUCUUUUUUAGUUAACGAGUUUUUACUUAGCGUUUCACUGCUACAAUAUAUAUUAUAUUAUAUAUAAUAAUAAUGAUAGUGACGAUAUAUAAUAGACUCUUAUGGGGGAUAAGAAAAAAAAAAGUAAAAAGUGAAAAUGGGAACUUCAACAUGCAUACGCAUAAGAGACGAGAUAUCGUUCGAAUGAUUGGAACGAUCGUGGACGCGCCGCAGUCUUUUAUAUAUAGAUAUAUAUAAUUAACAGAUUUUUUCGCUGUUUGAUGACGAUUUGAAAUAUGAUCGGUAUGUGAAAAAAGAAAUAUUAUAUGGUAGGGAUUAUAUUAUAUUAUAUAUUACGAUGAAAAAAAAUAUAUAUAAAUAUAUGUCUAUGUAUAUUGUAAUUAACGAUAAUGAUGAUGAUAUGAUAAUGAUAAUGAUGAUGAUGAUGAUGAAGGGAAAAAAAAAAGAAAAAAAGAAGAAAAACGGAAGAGUUAAAUACGUUGAUAAUAUAACGAGAGUGAUUGCGGAGAUAUGUAAAGAUAUAAAUAGAAAAAAGAAAAAAGAAAAAAAAAGAUAAAAAAAACGUCGUCGCGGCCGAUCGCGGAAAUUUACCCGGAAGAAGACGCGUUUUUAUACGGAAAAAGAGAAAAGAAGCCCAAUAUGUGGCGCCCUCGUGAGAGAGAGAGAAAAAAAAAUGAAGAAAAAGGCAAAACAAUGUGUUCAUUACAUUUGUAGGUAACAGUAUUCGUUUAUAUACAUACUUUUUACGGGCUAUAUCGAAAAAAAUAGGAAACGAUUAAAAAUGCAAAAGAAAAAAAAUAUGCAAAAAAAAAAAAAAAAACAAAAAAAAAGAAAAAAGGGGAAGAAACAAGAAAACGGUUACUAUGGAAAAUAUAAUAUAACCGGAACAAACUUCCGGAAGACUAGCUUUUUUUUUUCACAUAAUACACCCUCAUAUACACGAUACAUCUCAGAUACGCAUGCACGCAAUGUACACAUACAUGUACACGCAGAUAUUUAAAGAAAAAAGCUUGUGUUUACGCGCGCGAGCGUUCGGAUAUGAAAAGAAAAGAAGAGGGCUGGAAUUUCGAAGGGGAAGCAGAAUACGACGCUCUCGCGAUCGGGCGAAAAUUAAAGAGGAAAGUCGGGAUGAGGUUUCGAAAAAGGGGUUUAACAUUUACUGAUCGAGCAACAGAGAACUAUAUAAAGAGAUGGAGCAUUUUCUCCGAAGAGAAUCGACACCUUGGAUCGAAAACCAAACGUGUGCACGUGCAUCCCGGAAAUAAUGCCUCGACACGUAUUCCUCAUUCCUUCGACCGAUGUUUGUAAUACACACGUUCGACGCCGCCGCAUGCAUUCACACAUGCUAACUUACACUUAUAUAUAUAUAUAUAUUUAUAUAUGUCCAUACACUACAUCUAUAAUACCAUACAAAUAGCAUAUACAUGUAGGGAGAGACACAGACACGGCAAUCGUAUAUUACACACGCGUAUAUACUAUACACACACAGUUACACAUAUACACGCAGGUUAAUUAAAGACUAAUCGAACGACACAGACCUGAAAUCUGAUUCGCAACCCAAGUGCUUCAAAUUUAUAUAGGUACAUAUUAAUCGCAGUAAUAAUGCAGUUCGGAACCACGGGUGGAACGCGUUUUUACGGAGCGUAGAGUGUAUGGGUAGGGAGGGUGGAUUCAAUGCGGAAGAACUUUUUGACAAGUAAAAGUUCUCCAAAAAAAAAGGCAGUCGAAGAGGCUUGAUUGAGGAAACCCGUUGUUUCCGGAAUACUUUUGAUCGUGCAAGAAACUACGAGAUACGAGGUUGAGUAUCCGAUGUGUGUUCCAGGGGAGAUUUUUCGUGCAAUUGGGCACGAUAAUCGUCGGGAGGAUGUGAAUCCAUUUAUAAUAUGUAUUUCGGGAGAACAAGUUUGACCUGUGCGCUUUUUAAAUAUACUAUGUAACAGAAAACAUGGCUUUAUUCGUCGAAUAAUGAAAAGAAAAAAAAAAGGAGGAAAAAGAAAAGGAAUGAAAAAUGAUUUUAAGUAGAUAUUAUUAGCAAUUCACUGUAGAAGAAGAAGAAAAAGAAGGAAAAAACGAGAUAAUAUUCGAAUACCGAACGAGAUAUAUACACAAAGGCCUUACAAAUCGAAUCACAGUGUAAAGUUUCGACAUUCUUACAUCCGCGUGACAUUUUCUAGCCGUAGCUCCCGUUCUAUUUUUGACAGACUUUUUAUACGUUUAACCCUGCGAUCGCAAAUGACGAUAAUUAUAAAUAUAUAGAGUGCCGCUUUACGCGAUUACAGGAACGAUUAUAUUAUAUUAUUACAAAAUAUAGAACACACACAGUAACGAAACGAAAAGACUAAAAACAGAAAAAAUAAAAAAAACAAAAAAACCAAAAAAAAAAAUGAAGAUGAAGAUGAAUGUUAAAAUGGAGGAGGAAAAAAAAGAUAAAAAAAGAAAAGGGAAAAUGUUUUUUAUAGACGAAAAAUCGGAUUUAUUAACGAAAACAGAACGUUGUUCGCAUACUCAGGAUAAUAAUAAGAGGCGCCUUAAUUUUUAACCGUUGUAAAAAAAAAAUGGAAAAGAAAAAAAAAGAAAAAAUUGGUUUCUGGGAAUAAACGGAAUACCUUCUCGCGUUAUGACGUCAUGUAUUUUACAUAAUACAUAAGAAAGAGUAAAAGAAGAAAAUAGAUACUAUAAUAAUGUUUCUCUUCCUCUCCGCGUUGAAAUUUCUUCGAAAGAGACUCGCGUUUCUUUGAUUUUGCGAUUUUGAACGGGCGCGUGCUUGCGCGCGCAUGCGCGAGUCGCUAUCGAUCGAAUAAUGAAAGAAAAUGAAAAGGAAAAAGAAAAAAAAAAAAGAAAAAGAAGCAUUAUAUCGGCCACAUUUUUAUAGUUCUGCUUUUAAAAUAAAAAAUUCGUUAGUUCGAUGCGACAAAAGGAAACUCAACUAUAUAUAUAUAUAUAAUAUAUAUAUACAUACCUCGCAAUAGAUUUCGCCUUCAUAAGACAGUAGCCUUCUCUUCACGCUAAUUAAUUAAUAAAUAGUGAAUCCCCGUUUUAUAGCAGCUCUCUGCUUUUUUUUGUUUUUCUAUUUUGCUCGUGUGUCCGACCUGUGAGUUCUCUAUAUCGUGCCAAAUCAUGAGAGAAGGGAAGGUGAAUCGAGAGAAAGAAAAAGAAAGAAAGAAAGAAAGAAAGAAAGAAAGAAAGAAAGAAAGAGGAAUCAUAGUUAGUUAACACAUUUAGUUGAGCAUUUUUUUUUUAGCCAAAUUUAAUACGAUGAUUAUGACUAUGCUUUAAACUGUCAAUUCGGAAAAGAGCGAUUUAGAUAUAUAUAUAUUUUUUUUUAUUCUUCCCUUUUCCCUGUUCUUUUGUUUCAUUUUAUCACCAUAUAUACGUGUAUAAUUUUUUUUUUCAUUUCUCCCUUCGAUUGACUAAAAAAUUUCCCUAAGCCUUCUCUCGACAAAGACAUUUCUUCGAAAAUUGCUCAGAGAGUAACCUUCGCCGUUGGAUCGUGGAAACGUGUUUUCUUUCUUUUUUCUUCUUCUUUUUUUUUAUCAUCAUUUUCAAUACAGUCUUCUUUCUCGUUUUUUCUGAAUAUUUUUUUUCUCCCGGUUAAUUUGCGAAAGACUUUUUAUCCUUGUGGGAACGACGCUGAUUCGAAUUUAUCGAGGCUUCGUAUUAUUCUCCUCCAUUUCUUUUCUUAUAUAUAAAAUAUAUACAUAUAUAUGUAUAUACAUUAAAAAAUAAAAAAAAAAUGCUAAUAUUAUAUACGAUUUUGUAAUUUUAUAUAAGGAUAUAAAUAUUUGCACAAUUUCUUGAAUAUGCGUCACGUGAUCAACCGGGAGAUCUCUAGCUUGUCCUGUUCCAAAUAGUGUCUAACGUUCAACGCAAUUCUGAAAGAAAUAAAAAGAAAAAAAAAAUUAAAAAGCAUAGAUAUCGACAAAACGAGAUAUUUGACGAGAUUAAAAUGAACAUACAGAGGGAUGAGAUAUUAUAGGAUCGAAUUUUAAAGAUUACUAACGUAAAUAAGAUUUAUUAAACAGAUUAUUACGUACAGAAAAAAAUAACACGUUUCCAAGAUCUGACGGCGAUUUUGAAGAGUGCAAACGUACCUGCUAGCCACAUAGACAUUAAAAAUAAUCAUAGUUAAUUGUAUAAAAGGACAGAGAGGUGGUGUAUAAGGAAGAUUGCGCGUUUUGUAAACGACAUACGUCGACGUAGCUUUAGCUUAGGAAAGGACAACGCAAUUAUAUACUAUUAUAAUACUGUUAUCAUUAUAUAAUAAAAAAAAAAAAAACGACUCUAAGUGGCGCGUGAGAUUCGUGUUCAAAUGUGUUCUAUCGUUUAUCAGAUAUAUGAAAAAAGAAACAAAUAUAUUUUCAUUUUUAUUCUUAUCUAUUUUUCCAUUAUUUCUUUCUGUUCGUUUUUACUUACUGAUCCGUAAAUACGUAAUGUAAUUAGGAUAAUUUUAUUCACACGUUAAUCUAGAUUUUACGCGGACACGAACGAAUCUUGCGAUCUCCACGGUGUUUCCUUUUUGUAAACUUUUUUUUUUUUUUUUUUUUAAAUGUGCACGAGUGCAGUUUCAGAUUAAUUAUAAAAAUAUGCGCAUACAGUACAGAGAACGUCCCCUCCUCCGAACACAACGAUAUCAUAGAUAGAACGAUUAUGCAACGUGUAUCUUUUCUCUCGUGUUCUUUUGUUUUUUCCUCCCCCCUCCCCUUAUUAUUACGCGUAUCUUUUUUUUUGGUUUUUUGUUUUUGACUUACAAAGAACGUGUGUGGCCGACGGCAUCGAGAAUAAUCGUUCGCUGAAUUUUCUUUUUCUUUUUGCAACGCAUACUUUUUGCAAUAAACAUUGCCACGAGGACGAUUUUCCAUUGAUGUGCGCGCGAGUAUGCAAGUGUACGGAUGCGAAGAAAGAAAUACAAUUAGCCAAAUUGAAACGUUUAGAAAAGGUGUAAAGAGAGAAAGAGAGAGAGAGAGAGAGGGAGAGAAAGGGUUUGACAAUGAGGAAACGAGUGAUAAAGAUGCGAGAGCGAGACUGAAAGAUUCCGAAGAUUCGAGAGUGCUUUUUUUUUUACGAAUGUAUAAAAUAAAAAUAUAUAUAUAGUUUCCUAUGUGAGAAACAAACGUGUAAAAUCGUAUUAAACCUCCAACGUUUUAUAAAAAAGAUAAAUAGGGAGGGGUUAAUACACGUGCGUCAAAGAGGUAAGAAGAGGGUGAAGUUAUGAGGUAUCUUCUCUUCUAACGGAUCUAUAUUUUCAGGGGCCCCCGGGGGAGGGGAGAAGGGUUCUCGACGAGAAUACUUAAACGUAAACUUAGGUUUUUUAUUCAGAGUAAAACAAUAUUUUUUAUUUAUCCCUUUAUUUUUAUAUGACGUUGCUACUGGAAACCGUUUCUAGGUGGGGGGAUGAAGAUUGACGCGUGAAAGGGUAUCGGGAUGAGUGGAUGAGAAAACGUCAGAAUCGAACGAAAGAGGAGAGAGCGAGUGGACGAGAGGGUGAAAAUAGAACGAAGAUAGGGGGGAGGGUUUAAUUAAAUUGAUGAGCCGGAUGAGUGGUAACCAGAGCUACACAACGAAAAUGUACCAUCUUUAAAUAGAAGAUGGGGUGUAAAACGACGGGGAUCGUUAUAUAUAUACAUAUAUAUGUAAAAUCCAGGAUAGAAUAGAAGUUGGAGGAAAAAUAGUGGAAAAAAUAAAAAUUGGGAACCCCGACAACACAGAUUUUUGAACUGCGAUAUUCAUGUUAUACUAUAUUAUAUAUAUAUACAUAUAUAUUAUAUAUACAGAUAGACCGAUAGAAUCUCUUAUUUUUGCAAGAAAACCAGAUUUCCGAAAAAUGGAAAAAAAAAGUAAAAGUGAAAAGAAAAAAUAUACUGAAAAUAACAACCGUUCGUCGUUGAGCGACAAGGAAGACGAAAGACAGAGUUUUUCCAUACAAUUUUUCUUCUCCCGAUUAUUUGAUUUUUUUUAUAUUAUUGUGUGUAUCCAAUUAUUACAAUGCCCGUCAAUUUUUUUCUUUUUAAUAAAAUUCCAUUAUUAUUUUUCUCGUUGAUUGUUAACAUUGAUGUGUUCCGGUUUCGAUUGAAACCGGAAAUUGAGAAUAUACAUCCAAUAUACAUCUUUCGUCUUCAUUGAUCGCAUUUAAUUCGACGAACGUGCACCACAGAGACUUAGCCGCUUUAAACCGGGGGUGGCGUCGUUGGAAUUUCGUCUCGAUUCUCGCGACGAUACAAGCUUUCUACGUAAUCACGGAUAAUUUUAAAAGAGAUAAAAAGAAAAAAAGGAAGAAAAGAUGAAAAGUUGCGUAAAGUGUAAAUCGAGGGACCCUACGUUCCGACCGUAUGAGAUAUAACAAAAUUGCGCUUUUUUUUUUUUUUAGAAAAAAAAGAUGUUUAGGAAAAACACGAGGGAAAAAAGAAAAGAAAAUUUUAUCCUCCCUUCGAGAGGGAUGGAGAACAGAGUUUUUACAUUAGAAAAGAGAAUUUUGGCCUCGCAAACGAAGACUCAAAGUUCUCCGUGAAAGAGAGAGAGAGAGAAUGAGAGAGAGAGAAUGAGAGAAAAAGAGAAAAAGAGAGAACGGGUAGAUAUAAUCGUCUAGGAUUUGAUGCUAAUUAUUCUAUUAUUCUAUUAUCGAUUAUCGAGCAAUACUGUUAAGAAUUAUUUAACGAUUAACGGUAAUAACGAUUGUACUACUCACUUUGUAUUAUAAUAAUAUUUAAUAUAUAAUAUUAUAUAAUAUAUUAUAUUAUACACUUUAUAUAUAAUAACCAAUAUACGCAUAUAGAACAGCAUAUAUAAUCUUCUACCUAAUAAUAUAAUAUAUUAUCGAUAAUAUUAAUAUUAAUUAUUAAUAACGAUAACACAUUACUACUUCGGUAAAGUUAUCUCUGCGUGGCUAAAAGGGGAGAAAAUGCUUCUCGAAUUUUUCAUUUCUAUCGAGAACGCUUUCGUGAAUUUUUCUAUAUAUAUACAUAUUAUAUAUAUAUAUAUGUAUAUAUAUAUAUGUAUAUAGAAAAAAUAUAUUUACGUAUGUUGUAAUGAUUCGUGAUCGGCCGAUCUCGCGGAUAAUAGACGAAGUUAAACUGGACCCACCUCCUUAUUAAAAAUAAAUAAAUAAACGAAUAAAUAAAUAAAUAUAUAAAUAAAUAAAGAAAUAAAUAAAUAAAUAAAUAAAAAAAGAGUUCACUUGUACCUAUACCUCGAACGAUUGUUGGAUAAGAGUUUAGCAAACGGAAGGGAACGUUACGAUUUUAUGAUUUUUAACGAGAGAACGAUCGCGGUUUGUCGUUCCCCGACAACGUCCGUGUCCUUAGCCACUACUCUCCGGCGGUCUUUUUAUUUCUUAUUGCUUAUUUUUCCUUCUCUUCCAGUGGCACGCCCUUUCGAGACCGGAAGUUGUCGGGGAAAGCGUGCAAAAAACCUAAGAGUCACCCCCGUAUAAUUUACGUAACAUUUUAUUAAUGUAUACAUAAAUAACGCAUACGCAUGUUAACCGCGGGGAAAGAAUGAAAGAUAAAAACAAAAAAUGAAAAAAAAAAAAAAGAGAGGAACUAUAUUAUAUUAACUAGCUAACGAUAAGCGAAGCGCAUCGCGGUGAAUUAAGACACAACAUUUAUUAUACAACAAUACUAUUAAGAGAUGUGCUUGUGUACGCGUACGCACAUGAUUUCAUGAUUUUUUUUUCUCUCUUUUCUAUUCGCGCCACGUGUAUACGUGUACACGGUACGUAACGUACACAUACACACAUACAUACACACACAUAGAUACACACAUUGCAGAUAGAUAGAAGAUAAUAAAAUGAAGAAGUAAUAUUUAUUCCACAAGUUAAAGAAAUAGUAAUAUUAGAAGUAAUAUUUAUAUAUCUAUAUUUACUAUUUGCAUAUUAUAUUACGACGUAACUCUACGCCUCUCCCCGAUUGGGGAUGGGCGGGGUGGAUUUUGUAUAGGAAGGAUGCGACAAAACGUGAGAGAAGAAGGAAAGAAAAAAAAAGAGAGAAGAGAAAAGAAAUUCGAAGAUGAGGUGAGAGAGAGAGUGCACGAGUGUGAAAGAUGGAAGGGAGACGAGAAAGAUACAUGUGCUUAUUUGUAAUGGAAGUGUUGAAAAAUGUGUAGAGAGUGAGAGUGAAAUUAAAGAGAGAAACUAAAAUUAUAGGAGGAAAGAAGAAAAAAAGAUAGGUUUUGUACUUAAAUUUAAAAGGAAAAAAAAAGAAAAAAGAAAAAAAUAAAAAAAAAAGUAAGAAAGUCGUUCGCGCACCUAACACGCUUUGUUUAUUACUUCGGUUUCCUUUUCGUCGACGAGAAGGAUUGUGGAUUGUAGCUUGUGGAGAGAUAUGAUAGAGAUCGUAUAUAUGAAUAAAGUUGUUCCUUUUUAGAUAGGUAUUUGAAACCGUGUUUGGACGUGUUGAUGGUCGACGAUCGUUUUUGGUUAAGUUGAAAAAUUAAAAAUCGUGCUCGAUAGGUAGACGAUAAAAUGAAGUUUAUAGGACAGCAAUAUAAAUUCAGAGUGAUGCGCAUAUUAGGAAUUUUUUUUUUGUUACGUUAAUUGUCAACUGCGAUCAGAUUAGAAACGCAAGUUUUCGAUGUUUCUUUUUUCAGGAAAAAGGUGGUGAGACAGUUCCUUAACGUUUAUAUUUCGAAUUAUCUUAUUAUACGAAUAAAGCUAUUAUCAUUUACCCGAAAA